UCCGGAGUAUUAAAAAGAUCGGCUGAUACGAAUGAAAAUGGUUGUGUUUCGUGUUGACCCCUGUGGGAUUAUAUGCAUCUUAAUUACUUAUGGAGCUGUUUUUUAUGCUGAUUAUGUGAUAGUUAAACAUCUCGUGAUUCCAACCAUGUCAGAUACUUUAUGGGGUGCUGUCAAUGUGGUUAUUUUCAAUACUAUCGUUUUUCUUAUUACUAUGUCUCAUUUGCGAGCUGUUUUGUCAGACCCUGGUGUUGUUCCUCUACCAUCAGCCAGCAUGGAUUUUUCUGACCUUCAUUCAAGUCAGCCUCCUAAGAAUACAACUGCUGAUGGAUGGACAGUCUGCAUGAAGUGCGAGACAUAUCGUCCCCCUCGGGCACACCACUGCCGGAUCUGCCAGAGAUGUGUCCGCAGGAUGGAUCACCACUGUCCUUGGAUAAAUAACUGUGUGGGAGAAUACAACCAAAAAUUCUUUAUUCAGUUUUUAUUUUAUGUUGGCCUGGCCAGUCUUCAUGCCAUCACCUUGGUGAUUAUCACCUGGAUUUUAGACCCUGGUGUCAAACAAGAUGUCAAAUACACAAAACUAGUUCACUCCAUCAUUUUGGUCAUUGAGUCAGUCAUCUUUGGUCUCUUUGUUAUGGCAAUUGGAUGUGAUCAGAUUUCAUCUAUCUUGACGAUGAGACAGCAGUAGAGCACGUCAAAAAGGAUGGGAAAAGAAGGCUGUCCAAAUCUAAAAUGGCUUUAUGUCAGGAAAUAUUUGGACGAGGACAUCCUGUGACAUGGCUAUGUCCAAUUCAGUUCUCCUCACCCCCUCGAGGCAGUGGAAGCCAGUCGUAUGCAGUCUGAUGGCGGUGUACACCUCUUCUCACCUUUACACCCCUUGUGUGACAUGGGGUGGACAUGCAGUCCAUUAGUUUUCUCAUAAAAACCAUUUCAUGUUGCAAGUGAAUUUUCUCUGUGCACCUCAAUUUAUUCAUUAGUUACAGAGGUUACUUUUGUUGCUAAACUGGAUUUAUGGAGGAUAAAAUUAUAGCAGAUAAUGUGUUGUGUUGGCUCAAGCACAUGUAAUGGCCUUCAAACUGAGUAAGGCAAAUGUUAUUUUUCAGUAAUAUAGAACUCUUUAGUUAGAGGUUUACAAUGUUCCUUUACCCUUACUUUUUAAUUAUUGCUGUUAGUAUUCGAAAUGUCUUUGUCAGUUAUUGUACAUUGUUUUCAUCCAUGUGUCUGUAACUUUUGUUUUCAUACAAUUCUCACGUAGGAAGCAUUGGCUAGAACCUGAAAUCAUCUUUGCAUUUGUUUGUAUUAGGAGAUUUACAUUUCAGCAAAAACCACAAAGAUAACACUUUUUUCUCACUUGGGAACAAAGUUUCUCUUGUGAAAUGGCAGAAUUGUGAAAUCUGUGGCAUUUCAGGAAAACAAAAUAUUUCCAAAAUAUACUAGUAAUUAUGACUUUUUGUCUGCAAAACUCAUUCAUCAUGUUAGGAAUUUCACUUUCAGAACUUGAAUCAUUUUAAAAUAUUGGGUUUGUACAUGUUUUGGGGGUUCUAUUUUCUGUCAUUGCAGACUAAUUUUUGUUUGAUUUUAUUUUAGUAUGGUAUUUCUUUCACAAAUACUAUAAAAAUAUGAAGCUACAUCAUCAGUGAUAUUUAAAAAAAUGCUCAAGAUUUUAAAUAUUCAUUUUGGGUUGUAAGGCUAGCAAACUGAACAAACAUCAAAAUCACUUUAUCUGGCAGUUGUAUUCCAUAUAAUUUAUACAUGUACUAUAAAUGCUAUUUAUAAAUGUAUCAUCACAACAUACAUCAUCAUAUUCAUCAAACAUCAUCAGUCGUCAUCCAUCAUCAUCAUCAUCAGAUGCUAAUACUUUGUACAUUUCAUGUAUAAUUGGUGUGAAUACUAUUGAGAAUAAGAAUUAUUGUUACCACCAUCAUCAAAAUGAUUGUAUAUAAUUGUUAGCAAAGUAGUAUUAAAAUGGUCGAUCCAAAUUUUUCAUUAUAUUCAUUGUCAGCACACAAUACCUCGGUCCUGGUAUUUAAGAUUUAUUGCAGAAAGUGUAUAAGGUCUUACCUUAAGAGAAAUGUUAUCAGAAAUCAGGUGACUAGGAAACCAUCCAAAUUAGGAAGGAAAAAUUUGUAAUUGGAGGAAAGAGGCAGUAAAGUACUUGCCAGGUUAUGCUUAGGAGAAUACAUUGCAUUUGUGGAUGGUUUUGUUAUAAAAAGAAAAUGAUUGCCUGAGAAGGGAAAUGAAAAGCGACUGUCCUCUUAACACCUGCAGCAUAAAAAAAUGGAAAAGCAGCAGCCAAGAAAGGCCAUAACUACUGCCAUUAACACUUUCACAGGCAGCGUGUUCCACUUCUUAACUGAUUUUUAUCAUGAUGAUAAUCUACACAUGUAAAGUGAAAUGUGAACAAGAUCCCAUUAAGUAACAAAAAUUUUUUUUAAUUAAAUAUUCAUUAACUAAUAAGAUAUGUUUUGAAAUAACUUGAUAAUGAUUAUCAGUCAACAAUCAUUUCAGUGGUUGAACUUGUGAAUAGUUGUUUUUGCAAUCUACUGUUUAUAUGUACAUGAUGAGGACACUUGUUAGCGAGGGCUUGUAUAUCUGGAUUGACGUUUACAUGAUAGGGCAACAGGCUAGGUAGGGCUGUGUAUGGAUUCUGAAAGUGAGCAGGGCAGCCUCAGUCACUGGAGUUAUUUCCAUACAAAUGCCCUUAAAUUUAAGGGAAUGGGUUCUUCUAUAUACUUUCAUGUAUUGAAAAGAUAAUACAAAUGUUGGCUAUUCUUAUUACUAAAAUACAAUGGCAUGAAAAAUGAUUUGAAUUCUCUCUCUUCUUUGAAUCUUCCUCAGUGCGCCUUCUGCUUCCUGUCCAACAACUGUCUGCAUUUUCGUCUGAUUUUGUCAUAAUACACCUGAGGCUUAAUUUAUUGCAUAGAAUAGAUGAAGAUGAUCAAGUUCUAGGAUUGACAUCAGGAAUGUUACUAUUCAUUCAUCUCUUUUCUUCUUUUAAACACUUAGUUUGACCUCAGGGACCAUUUCAGAACAGUUUUAUGAUCAUAAAGGAGAUAUUAGGACUUCCAAGUCUUCCAAGUUUUGAAGUGGGACUCUUACACUAAAGAAGGACAAAUAUCAAAAAUAGUAGGAUAUAUAGUCUAGUUUAUUCCUUGUUACUCCUCGAGGAGCAUAGGGCCGCAACAACAACUCGCCAGGGGACCCGGUGUAGGGAAGCCCCCCUUAGUUGGGCCCAUGUGGUUCUGACGUCCUUUGCCUCGCUCUCUACUGUUCUUUUCCAAGUCUGCUUUGGUCUCCCAACUCUCCUCUUCCCUGAGGUAUUGAAGAUGCAGGUCUUACUUAUAGUGCUCAGGAGUUACAGAUGGGCCGUAGCUGUUGAAAGCAUGCCUGGUCCUGUUGAUGUGGGUUUUGAUGUCAUUGUCUGCUCCACCAUCCUUGUUGACAAUGCUCCCCAGAUACACGAAGCGGUCUGUUUCCAGGAUGUUCUCUCCUUGAAGAUGGAUUGGGUCCUGCUUGUUGUUGAUUCUCAUCACUUCUGUCUUUUUUCUGUUGACCUUUAUGCCAGUCUUCCCAGUUUCCUCUGCUAGCUUACUCAGAUUGGUUUGUGCAUAUUGCUCCCGAUGAUAUAGGAGACUAAUGUCAUCUGCAAAGUCCUCUAGCUGUUUGGUGAAGGUCCGCUGGAUACCGGUGUUGUUGUCUUGGGAUAGAUUGUAUGAUCUUAAUCGGCAUUGUUUCUUAUAUCUCAGACAUAUCUCUAUGCAUUGGUCCUAAGGGAUGGAGAGUGGACAUCGUCAGUUGUUUUUUUUUAUCCAAACAUGGUUGGACAUUUAAUGCAUUAAUAAAAUUGUUAUACUUUUUGCCAUUCUGUGUUUGCUCCAUUUAUUUUCUAUCCACUUUUCUAAACAGGUUCCUGGAAAUUUUUCAAAGGAUAAUCUUAAAUGUAGGGUUAAAUGUACACAAAUUGUAUUACAGAUUAUGUCUGAGGUUUUCCCUCUGGGAAGAAAUUUUUUUGGCUUGUCAUGUGAUGUGUAGGGCAGUUGGGGGUGCAGUGGCUAAAGUCGUACUGACAGUGAAAAUUGGUUGUCAUGGGGCCAACUCUUGGCUCUGACAAGCCCUUCCCUGUGUACACAACACUUGUUUAUGUGCAAGCACUCUGGUUUCCUUCACCCUGUGUGUGCAUGAAGGUGCAUUUGAUGCAUACCCUAGAAAGGCAAGUUUCUCACACUCCCUCAUGUAGUCACCAUACAAGGUGCUUUGACCCUUUGUUGGAUUAAAUUACUGCAUGAAUGAUAUGUAUUAUUAUCAUAACUUGAGUUAUAUGUUCAUCUUACUGCUUUUUUUCCCAUUUUUGCAGUUAUUUCUAUAAGCACACAUGGGCAUUGACUUCAACACUUCUUGUUUUUCAACUUACAUGAUUUUUGCAUAAAAUGCCUACAGAUGCACAAUCAUGGUAUCAGAUAUUUGCAUGCAGGCAAAUCAUGAAGGCUCACAUCUCUUUAUCUUAAACUUGGCAGCUAGACUUAAAAACAAAAUUCUGACCAAGGUCUUCACUGUUGCUAGCUGUAACAAGUGCUGCAGGACACUACUAUCUGAAAGUAUCUGCCAUUCUUGCACAGAAUUCUCAGAGAUACACUGUGUGGAUUGUGGGCAGGACAGGUCAUCCUGACCACCCCAAGCUUCAACUUUUUUCCUGUCAUCAGGCAAAUUCAUGCUUACUUCAUAGAAGUCAUCAAAAAAUGUUUCAAAGACUACGAAGAAUGUCAAGAUAUGGAUGUAAAGGUUACCACCUUUUGCAGCAUUUUUCUUUUGUCCUGUUCUUGGCGUACAUUUGCAUAGGUUGCUGAUGGUCUGCUAUAAUUAACUGUGCCAAACUCUUGCAGCAACCUUUAUUUUUAUGUCAAGGUUGCAGGCAGAUUGAAUACGUACACUUGCAGAAUGUUUGUGGUGCAAGAGUUAAAUUUGUGGUAGCACAGUAACUAUUCUUUGGAUAAAUUUUAGAUUAUUGCAUUAUUUUGUAUAAAUAACUUAUUUUUGCACAUUCAACACCAAUAAUCCAUGAAGAUGUGUACGAGUGAUGUCACAACUGCAGGAAACAAUGGAAAAAUCAGUUACAAAGAGAAAUCACAUUAUAUGAAGUAAACUUUUGAUGCAAUUUAUACCAUGCAACAUCUCCCUUUAAUUUUUCUCUUUUGAUAAAGCCUUUCACAUUGGGGGGGGGGACCCCACAAAUUAGGGCUGACAAAUUCCACAUUUAUAUUUGUGCUGUCCACAUUAAUUUGUUGUUUGAUUUUUUUUAUCGAAUGAGGUUAAUGACUGAUAUUGAUUCUUAAAAAAGUCUGCCCAAAGCUUACCUAUGAAUGUAUUUUCUGCCUUCUUGUAGACUGUUGUACAUUUCUUAUGGCAAUUUGCAGAGUUUAAGUUAACAUGGGUGAUAAUUGCAUUUUUAACACAGCCUGCUUUAUAAGUAUGUCUGAAAGUGUAGAUGAGAGCGUGGAGAUAACUGGAGACAGUGGCUGUUAGUGUGAUUACAUUCCACCUUAGGUAAUGUUCUAGAAAAAGAUACUGUAAUAUUUACAUUUGCUAAGUAAGCAGCACCAAUUUGCAAAGAAAGAUGGUGCUGUUUACCGUCAGUGUUGUCUGUGCUUACAUUUAUGUAGUCAUUCCCAUGUGAAUAAAGCGCCAUGUUUUGUGAUUUUAA